AUGUCUAACGAUAGACUCUCAUCUUCUAUUAAAAUAUCCUGUGGUGGGAACCAUACUAUUCUUGUUGAUAUCAAUCGAGGCAUGGCUUACGGUUCCGGUGAUAAUGGCUCGCAUCAGCUUGGUCUUGAUGGAAUUCAAUAUACCUCUUUUGUACCAUUGUCAAACAACCCUGACGGUAAUGAGAUAGUAAAAUGGGUGGCCGCUGCAACCACCUGGGAGGCCUCGGCGUUAGUGGAUGCGCGUGGAUUUAUCUAUACAAGUGGUUUAGGUCUACAUGGCGAACUGGGGAGUCCCGAAUUCAACUCUCGUAAAAGCAAUGAAUGUUUUUCUCGGGUUGGUAACGUACAGGUAUCCUCGCAGGUGAUUAAGACUGCAGCCGGGUUACGACACAUUUUGCUUCUUUGUGAAAAUGGUGACGUCUGGGGCUGGGGUGCCAAUCGAAAGGGCCAGGUUGGUUAUAGGGAUGCUAUAGUAUCACUUCCUCGUAAGAUUGCGACUGGAAUUAAAGACAUAGGAUGCGGUAAAGAUUUUAGUGUUCUUUUGAAUAAGAACAAUACACUAAAAGUGCUGGGAAGCCCACGGCAUUUGGAUGAACACUUCUACAAUUUAGUUGAUUCCACAGCGUUUCAACUAGAGGUAAUGGCAGUUGCUUGGACCAGCAUACAUCUGCUGAUGAGAGAUUCUCAGGGGAAACAAAGUAUACAGUCCUUUGGCAACAACUCGCAUGGACAGCUAUACAAACAUUCUGGUGACAACCAUGAGUUUUUGGUAAUUGCGGCUGGUACAGAGCAUUAUCUUGCAGUAGAGUUAAGCUCUGAAUCAUGGACUAUUUACUCGUGGGGUUGGGGCGAGCAUGGCAACUGCGGAAGUCAGUAUAAAGAGGCGGACACAAAGUCACUCUUUAAAGUAUGUGAGUUUGACAGGAGCUUAAGCCAGCCCAUGAUACAUGGCGGCUACUCGAGCAGUUGGAUUAUUACAGAAUAA